AUGGGAAGAACUCCUUGCUGCCACAAGAACGGGCUGAAGAAAGGCCCAUGGACUACCGAAGAGGAUCACAAGCUCACCUCUUACAUCCACAUGCACGGCCCUGCCAACUGGCGAACCCUCCCCAAAAAUGCAGGUCUUCAGAGAUGUGGUAAGAGCUGUCGCCUGAGAUGGACGAACUACCUCCGACCCGACAUCAAGCGAGGCCGAUUCGCCUUCGAGGAGGAGGAGACCAUCAUCCAGCUCCACAGCAUCCUCGGCAAUAAGUGGUCGGCCAUAGCUGCCCGGUUACCCGGAAGGACGGACAACGAGAUCAAGAACUACUGGAACACCCACAUCCGCAAGCGGCUUCUCCGCAACGGCAUCGACCCCGUCACCCACGCUCCCCGCCUCGACCACCUCGACCUCUCCGCGAUUCUCGGAAACGCGCUCUGCCACGUCAACCCCGCCGCCUCUCUCCUCGCCCUUCCUCCGCCUCCUCCCUCGCUGAUCAACCCGGAGCUCCUCCGCAUCGCCGCCGCGCUGGCGUCGCUGAAGCAGGAGAACCCGGAGCUGUACCUCCAACGGCUGCAGGAGAGCCAGCUGGCCCAACAUCAGCAGACUCUCACGGACCCUCAAACGACGCCGUCGCAGCUGACUCAGCAGCAGCAGGUUGAGCUGGAGCGUUUCUUGGAAUUAAAUAAUAAUAAUAAUAGUAAUAAUGGUGAUGAUAAUAGCAACUCCGGGAAUGAAGCGUCCCGUCAGGAUAAUUUUGUUUCGCUACCGAAUGACUUUGGGUUUUGGAAUACGAUCCCUGAACUUUCGGAUUGGUAUUAUCAGCAUAACUUGAUUAGCGGCGGCAGCGGUGGAAAUGUUAGUAAUGCGAACUCGUCCGUUAUGUCGACGCCGUUAUCGAGCCCGGCGCAGGUGACGCCGACGUCGUCAACGUUCUUAAAUGGCAGCUUGAGUGCCAGUACCACGACGGAGGACGAGCGGGAGAGCUAUUGCAGCAGCUUGCUCAAGUUUGAGAUUCCGGAGAGUUUGGAGUUACUUGAUGAUUUCAUGUAA